AAAAUGAAAACAAAAAAACAGCCAGAGACUGCUGCUGCCUUGAAACGUACGGUAGAAGCCCUGAUGGACAGAGGGGCGAUAGUGAGGAACUUGGAGAAUCUGGGUGACCGAACACUGCCUUAUAAGAUUUCCGCCCACAGUCAGCGGCACAGUAGAGGAGGGUAUUUCUUGGUGGAUUUUUAUGCACCAGCCACAGCUGUUGAGAGCAUAAUGGAACAUUUGUCUCGAGACAUUGAUGUGAUUAGACCGAAUGUUGUAAAACACCCUCUGACCCAGGAAGUAAAAGAGUGUGAGGGGAUUGUCCCUGUCCCACUUGAAGAAAAACUAUAUUCCACGAAGAAGAGGAAGUGAGAAGAUUUACCCAAUUGUAGCUUUGUAUUUAAUUCUCUUACUUUUGAGUACCAUGGAUUAAAAAUUUACAAACUUUACCCUUAUAUGAGUGUUAUAGGUGCCAUUUAAUUUUUCUAAGGAAUUUCUAGCUCUUGAACUCCCUUGCUGUGAGAAGUUGGGGACUGGCUUGCGUAGAGCCACUUUGUAAUCUGACGUGCCAGCACAUCAUUCUUGAUUUCCUUUCAUUAAUGUAAUUUCUUUAUCGAUGAGGACUUUGCCCUACAACAACACUAACACCAUUUUGCAGAGCAAAGCUUAUAAAAACUGCCUCGGAUUGCAAGCUAGUCAUUCAGACUGUAUAACCAUGCAAAAUAAAAAUUUAAGACCACUGCAUUAUCUGAGUAACUUUUGACCAGAAUGAUAAAUGUAAUUUCAAAAAAA